AUGAACAAACUCAUCAUUGAUGGACUCUUUGAUUAUAACACAGCACUUGUUAAAGGUUUUCCCUCUGUUUUUGACCUGUAUGAGAAUGAGAAUACAAGCAUGCCAGGAUUUAAGAAGGAAAUACUGAAAAAAUUGCCAGCACCUGAACUUUUCUAUGUUACCAGGAGUGAAAAUAGCUUACAAUUUAUGGAAACUGUUCGGGAACAAUCGGAUGGUGUACCUGUUUAUUUAUUUAUUCCAAUGUAUGAUUCGAAAAAUAGGACACAAAAGUUUGAUAGAUUGCAAAAAACAAUUUUUGACAAGAUGCCAAUUAGUUGGAUUGAAGUUAGUACUGGAAUGAUUUGUGAUUUGAUGGAGAGUAGGAAAUUGAGAGAGAAAAUAUUGGAAAAGUUGAAAAAUGAGUUUGGAUUUAUUGAGGAAAGUUUACAAAAAGUUCAACAUGAAUCUGGAGUUAUUCUAGCUCAAGGAAAGGACUUUGUAAUUAAAACUUUGAGUACUUCUGAAGAAGCAGUUGAAAUUGCAGAAACUUACUAUGAAGCAUUCUAUGGUGAAGAAUUACCAAAAGAUGCAAGUCAAUUAUAUGCUCAAUAUGUGUUGAAAUCAGAAGUUUAUGAAUGGGUCAUUGUUAAAAAGGAUGGAAGAGUUGUUGCAUGUGGUCAACUCAUUAAGGGAAGGGAAAUAUCCUCAUUAUUUUCCAUUACAACAAGACCAGAUUAUCAGGGUCAGGGCUUUGCUUCAUUGGUGGUUACUCUACUUUUAGAAAUUGCUCUACUCAAUAAUUACAAAUAUUGUGUAUUGCAUGCAACAAUGGAUGGCAGACCAAUUUAUGAAAAGAUUGGUUUCGAACAUAGGUUUGAUAUUCAAGUUAUUGGAACAAGGAAGGAUUUCAACUCUGUUGUUAACAAGGUUGAGAAUUGGUUUGGAAUAUAUGACAUUGACUAUAAGCAUCAUCACCCAGUUCAAUAUUAUGGCAAAAUGAUUGGUUCUGCAUUAUUAGGUGUUGGUUUAACAGGUUUGUUAGGCUAUUCACUUGUUAAAUAUUUCAAAUAA